AUGCCCAUGUGGAGUCCUAGACCUAGAAAUUUAGAUUUACCCUUCUCCGAUGAUCAGCUGAAGGGUCUUCUUAAGAGAUGUGACACGAACAAUGAUGGCAAGCUGAGUAGGCAAGAGCUGAAGGGAGCUUUCCGUGGUCUCGGCUUGAAAUUCAGUGGCUGGAGAGCUCGAUGUGCCCUUCGCCACGCAGAUGCCAAUGGUGAUGGAGUCAUUAGCGAAGACGAGAUGAACGAGCUUGUCAAAUAUGCUUCAAGGCAUGCAAGUUACCCACUGUCUCAGGAGCAGCUUAAGGGUAUUCUCAAGAAACAUGACACCAACGGAGACGGAAAGCUCAGCAGGGAAGAACUGAAGGCAGCCUUUCGCAGCCUAGGUUUGCAGUUCAGUGGCUGGAAAGCUUGGAGAGCCGUCCACCAUGUCGACGCCAAUAGAGAUGGGUAUGUUAGUGAAGAGGAGAUGAAUGAGCUUGUUAAGUAUGCUAUGCAAUGGGGGUUUACUAUUAAUUAA